GUCUCGGGGAGAGGUGGUAGGGACCAGCGGGGGCUGGUAGUCUGUCUUUGGGGACAGGCACGCGGGCGGCUGGUAUUUAGGUUCAAUGAGCCCAUGUCCGGGGCAGAGCCUGAGGCAAUGGGUUAGCAGGACCACCACCCCCCCUUUGUGGGAGGGAGCAGACUCGAAGAGACUCUGCCCUGGGGACAGAGCUGCGGCUGGGGCUGAAGAGCUGCUGGGGGGCGGCAGCUGAAGGCGAUGCCCAAGAUGGCCAAAUCUGAACCUCGGGAAAGAAACUAUGACAACAUGGUAAAAAUGCUGGAGGACUUGAACAGAGAUUUAGAAAAACUUCUGGAAGAAAUGGAGAAACUAUCAGUGCAGGCAACCUGGAUGGCAUAUGAUAUGGUGGUAAUGCGAACCAACCCAGACUUGGCCAACUCCAUGAGGCGACUGGAAGAUGCAUUCCUGAACUGCAAAGAAGAGAUGGAAAAGAACUGGCAAGAGAUGCUGAAGGAAACUAAAGGCACUGAACAAAAACAGGAAUAAACAGUCUUUUUAUCUGUCGGUGAAAUUGCAACAGGAGAUCAUUUCAGACUCAUUUUUUUCAGUGAUAAAAUAUCUAUAGAUGCCUUACAAAUGGAUUAUCUUCUAGUUUAUUGGGCAUUAUUGUUGAGACGAUAUAUACACAAAUGUGUUC